AUGAGCACUAACCUUUCAUAUGCAUCCAUACUAGAGUCUUUAUCGACAUCCUACAAGCACGAAUGUGGUCGGCGGCCAAGAAGUGCCAAAAAUGCAACCGUUUCGUUUCAGGAACACGAGCAACUUGAUUUGAUAGAUCCCGCCCCACAGGCCGAGCCAGACGUGGAGCUGAGCAAAUCGCAAAGACAUGACGAGCAUAGUAGUGGAUUACCUGAUUCUGACGCGUAUUUAGCUCAAGUUGUGGAGCCUAAACGGAAUCAAAAUAGCGCUUCGUUUCCACCAGUCCCACUGUCUGCCGCACUAUCUACCACCCAGCAUAACAUUAGCUAUGCAAGCCAGCAGCAUCCGUCACAGUCUUUUAUUACAACAACUUCUCUCGGGCAUUCUACUGGAGCCCCGCCAGGCACAGGGACUCAUUCUUUUUCUAAUGGAACACAACAUGCAUCAACUGGUGCACUACCAUCAAGCCAAAAUGGCAUCUUUAUCAUGGGCUUGGAUGACGCUAUGCACACAUUUAGAAGAAUGGUUUUAGAUGCCUAUGCUCAAGGUGUUAGCGAAUCUGUUGAGCACGAGGUAGCCCUUCUCUCUAAGGAUAACUCCAUAUUGCGAGAGAAAUUGGCAUAUGCCGAACAAGAACUGGCAAAGCUUCAACAGGAGCACAAGGCCUUGAAGGCUCUCGAAGUCCAUAAAACAGAGUGUUGUGAGAGAAUGUCAGACUUCAUUAGCCAUCUUAAGCAAGAGAAAAGGGAUGCACUCAUGCUCCACAGACUACUCCUCCGGUGGAAACGUAACGCACGACUUGAAGCCAGUCACAAUCACGUAAUCAGCACGAUGGAUGACCUCCGUAGAGGAAGGAUGAUUCGUAACGCACUCACACACUGGAGGCUUAUAUGCUAUAAGAAGCGUUAUAUGCGUGUCUUUGAGGAUGCGCACGACGCUGUAGCCAAAGUCAGGGAGGAAAGGGAGCUUUACUUUAAGGAGGAGCGUGAGCGGUACAAGCAGGAAAUAGAGCUGUUACAGGCAGAGCGUAAUGAGUACCUUGUCAAGGAGAAGGGCUUAAAGGACCAAAUGAAGCAAGCCUUUUUGCGAGGGAUCAACGCUUUAACAGAUGAGGCAACAACGGCGCUUGAUCACGAUGGCACGUUGCGGGGGGCAUUGCAGGGAAUUGUCGGGGCCGUAGACAAUGUGAUUGGUAGUAAUGUGACGGGUGACACGAGGAAGCAGACCAUCCUCUCCGAACAGAUUGCUGUAGCAAAGACAGAUUGUGACUAUCAGGACUUCCUAGCUGGAGCUGAGCAUGAGCCCACCUCUGGUGGGACACUUGGUGGCCCAGUCAAUCAUGAAGCAUUUCUUUACACAAAGGGAGGGAUAGCCCAGGUGCCUGGGUGCGGUAAUCCAGCAGGUUCUGCAGAUACCUUCAAUGGUUUCUUAGACGAUGAACCUACAGCGCAGGGGAUAUCCUGCAACUACUACGUGGAUGACUCACCGAUGAAUAUCAACAUCGUGCAGCACGGAGUUAACCCAGGGCAGUUGCGGGCACAGCCCAUUCGCCGUCAGGAAGCAGCCGGCGUCACUGAUCCUAGUACGAUACGGCCUCCGUAUAUGAAGCAUGUCAAAACGUCCCGUGGACCUAUCCCCGUUUCAGCGGCCUCUUUAUCUGGAACGGCAGGUAGUGGUCCUUCUGGAGAAGCUCCCAGCAAGUUCCAAAUGAGUGACUGUCUCUCCAAGCGCCUUCGCUCCAUAAAUUCCAUGACUGAACGCAGAGACAACAUCUCAACAGCGAUGUACCACGAGAAUCUCUCAUCUGUGAAGAAUAGAAUAAGCGUGAGUCGAAACUGA